UAACCACAAAUACAAAGAGAGAAAGACAGACAGACAGAGAGCAUGGCUGACAACGGUGCGCCGAGGGUGGCAAUCAUCGGUGGAGGGAUCAGUGGCCUCGCAGCGGCGAAGCAGCUUGCUUCCUUGAACCCAGUGGUCUUCGAGGCCACGAGAUCAAUCGGAGGGGUGUGGAAGCACUGCUCCUACCGCUCGACGAGGCUGCAGACCCCCCGGGAGGACUACGAGUUCUCCGACUACCGGUGGAGCGACCGUACCGACCCCACGUUCCCGACUCACACCGAGAUACUGGACUACCUGCAUGGCUACGCCGAACACUUUGGUUUGUGGAGUUUUAUUAAGCUGGAGUCGAGGGUGGUGGAGAUCCGGUACCUCGGAGACCAGACCAAGGCCGGGUUCACCGAGUUUUGGGGGGCUGAGGGGCGCCUGCCCCUCACCGGAAACCCGGUGUGGGAGGUCGGGGUGGUGACCGGCCAGUCAGAGACCGUUGAGUGGUACAAGUUUGAGUUUGUGGUGAUGUGCAUCGGAAAAUAUGGUGAUAUACCAAAUAUGCCGGCUUUCCCACAUGGCAAGGGACCGGAGAUAUUCCAUGGGAAGGUGAUGCAUUCCCUGGAUUACUGUAAACUUGACGAGGAAGCCAGCAAGGAAUUGAUGAGUGGAAAGAAGGUUGCAGUUAUCGGUUACAAGAAAUCAGCCAUCGACCUUGCUGUAGAAUGUGCUGAGGCCAACCAAGGGCCAGAUGGGCACCCUUGCACCAUGGUCAUAAGGACCUUGCACUGGACGGUUCCUUCCUACUCCAUAUGGGGCCUACCUUUCUUCAUGUUCUACGCUACAAGGUUUUCUCAGUUCCUCCAUGAAAGGCCUAAUCAAGGAAUGCUAAGAUCUGCUCUCUGCUUCCUCUUGAACCCAUUGAGGAGAGGUGUUUCCAAGUUCAUCGAGUCUUAUCUCACAUGGAAGCUUCCACUAGAAAAGUAUGGCUUGAAACCAGAUCACCCCUUUGAGGAGGAUUACGCAUCAUGCCAGAUGGCGAUAUUGCCCGAGAACUUCUUCACGGAGGCCGAGAAAGGGAUGAUCUCAUUUAAAAGAUCAUCCACGUGGUGGUUUUGGGAUGGGGGCAUCGUUUUAGAUGACAACACCAAGUUGGAGGCUGAUGUUGUGUUCCUAGCCACUGGUUUUGAUGGCAAGAAGAAGCUGAGGUCGGUGCUGCCAGAGCCCUUCCGUGGAUUGAUAGUUGACUCUUCUGGUGUCAUGCCGCUAUAUAGAGGUACAAUUCACCCUCUGAUCCCCAAUAUGGCAUUCGUGGGCUACAUUGAGAGCGUGUCGAACCUUCACACUUCUGAGCUGCGGUGCAAAUGGCUGGCCAGGCUGCUCAAGGGACAAUUCCAGCUUCCAAGCGUGGAGCAAAUGUUUGGGCAAAUCAACCGGGAGACGGAUGUGAUGAAGAGGACAACCAGGUUCUAUCGCCGCCACUGCAUUUCCACUUACAGCAUCCACCACAGUGACGAGAUCUGCGAAGAGAUAGGGUGGAAGCCAUGGAGGAAGGGGAACUGGCUCUCAGAGGCCUUCAGCCCUUACAACAACCAGGACUACAAAGAAGAGUGA